AAUUAAAAUAAUCUAAAAAUGGGAAAACGUCGUAGUUUCUGUGUUGUUGGUAGUCGGUGGGGUGGCGCGAAAUCAAGGGCUUUCCCCUGUUUACUCUCUCUCUCUUUCUCUGUUUCUUCUCUCUCUGAUUCUCUGCUAAUUCUGAAAAUGGAUCUCUCUAAUUCAUUUUGUUUGUAUUUUCUUACCUCCAUUUUCUGCUUCACGGCUCAAACACUUUGUUUAGUUCAUACCGAAACUUUGCAUUUUUUGGGUAAUAUUUUAUUUUUAAAAUAUUAAUUUGUGGUUAUUAUAUUGUGUGAAAUUCAGAAUUCACGGAUGUUGUUUGCUGGUUCGAUUGUUGGCGUGUUCAACUGUGGCUGAUUUUGAUUUGGAUCUCGAAGGAUGGGAAUUGAAGGAAGUGAAGCCAGGGAAUGUUUGUGUGUGGUUCUUUGUUAUAUUAAUUUUUGUUGUAGUUUAUCGGUGAAUUGUUUGUGGUGCGAUUGAAAAGGAUUAGAGUUUUGGUGUGAUGGCUUCGAAUCCUCCAUUUCAUGUGGAGGAUCAGACGGAUGAGGAUUUUUUUGAUAAAUUGGUUGAGGAUGAUGUGGGACCCCUUAAGUCUGAAGGCAAUGAUGAAGGUAAUGAUUCUGGUGACGUCGAAUCGUUUGCGAAUUCAAGUGGUGGAGGAAGUGGGGUUGAGGUGAAAGAGGAAGAGGAAGAGGAAGAAUGUGGUGUGAAAUUGGAUGGUAGAAAUGCACAAGAGGGGAGUUUUUUGGUGUCUUCUAGUUCAUCAGGUACGACGGAUCACGGUGAUCAUGGGAUGGAAUCGGGGAAUUUGUCGGGUUCGAGUGCAGACAAGAGCACUGGAAUCCCUAGUUCAGAUGUUAAGGAGGUUGAUUGGAAUUCAUUUAAUGCUGCUGAAUCAAAUGGAGGUGUUGGGUUUGGAUCUUAUUCUGACUUUUUCAAUGAGUGUAAUACUGAGGUAAAACCUGCUAAUGAAAUUUCGGGAGAUCAAUAUGGGCAAGAAUAUCAUCAUGAGUCUAGUACUGAGAUGAAAUCUGGUAAUGAAAUUUUGAAUGAUGGUUUGAAUGCUUCGGUUGAUUAUGCACAUUAUCAAGAAGGUCAAGAUUAUGAUGCAUUUGUGGGAAAUAACACAGGUGGGAAUGACCCAAAUAGCAGUGAGUAUUGGGAGAGUCUUUAUCCUGGCUGGAAGUAUGAUCACAAUACCGGGCAAUGGUAUCAAGUAGAUGACCAGAAUGCAACAACAACUUCUCAGGGAAGCUCAGAAGUCAAUAAUGCUAUGGGUUGGAUAGCUGCUUCUGAUGCCAAAGCAGAGGUCUCUUAUAUGCAACAAAAUGCUCAGUCUGUUGUUGCUGGAAAUUUAGCUGAAUUCGGUACAACUGAAACGGUACCAAGCUGGAAUCAUGUGUCACAAGGGAAUAAUGGGUAUCCAGAACACAUGGUUUUUGAUCCCCAGUACCCUGGUUGGUAUUAUGACACAAUUGCCCAAGAAUGGCGCUUGUUAGAGACUUACAAUUCAUUGGUUCAAUCUUCUGAUCAGAGACUUGAAAAUGGACGUGUGUCUACUAGUACUUUUUCUCAUAAUGAUAACAAUUUGUAUAAAGAUUAUGGUCAAGCCGGCUAUUAUGAGUCGCAGGGUGUUGGUGGCCAGGCUACAGUUGACAAUUGGAGUGGUUCAUAUGGUAGUAACCAUCAGCAGGGUUUGGAAACACACACAACUGGCACUGCUACUAAAACUGGGGGUAGUGCAACUUAUGGUGGAAACCGGCAGUUUGAUCAUUCUUUUGGUUCUAGUAUUUCUGCAAACAAAGAACAACCAAAUUCAUCUAGCUCCUUUGGAUCUGUUCCAUUGUACAAUAAAAAUAACCAUGGUCAUGGUUUGGCUAAUGGAACUGUUGAACAACAACGCUUUGCCCCUAGUGGGAACUUUGUUCAACAUUUUAAUUAUUCCAAUACACAGUUUGAUGAGCAAAAAAAUUUCUCAAAUGAUUAUGCUGAAAAUCACCAGCCCUUCAGUUACUCUAGUCAAUCAUUUCACGGUGGACAUCAGCAUUCUCAUGCCCCUCAUGUUGGAAGAUCAUCCAUUGGGCGUCCUCCUCAUGCUUUGGUAACAUUUGGAUUUGGUGGAAAACUCAUUAUAAUGAAAGAUUAUAGUGAUUUAAGCUCAACAUAUGGAAGUCAGAGUGUUGUACAAGGCUCUGUUUCUGUGUUAAACUUGAUGGAAGUUGUAUCACAAAGUAUUGCUUCUUCCAGUAUUGGAAAUGGUGCCGGUGAUUAUUUUCGUGCCCUGGGCCAGCAAUCUAUCCCAGGUCCGUUGGUUGGUGGGAGUGUUGGAAAUAAAGAGUUGAACAAAUGGAUAGACGAGAAGAUUGCAUAUUGUGGAUCCCCUGACAUGGAUUAUAAGAAAAGUGAAAGGAUGAGACUCCUUCUCUCUUUGCUUAAAAUAGGUUGUCAACAUUAUGGAAAACUACGUUCUCCUUUUGGUACAGACAAUAUACUAAAAGAAAAUGAUACUCCUGAGUCAGCAGUUGCCAAGCUUUUUGCAUCUGCCAAGAUGAGUGGUAAGGAGUAUGGUGUACUGAGCCACUGCCUGCAAAAUUUGCCAUCUGAAGCACAAAUGCGGGCAACGGCUUCUGAGGUACAAAAUCUUCUCGUCUCUGGCAAAAAGAAGGAAGCUUUGCAAUACGCACAAGAAGGUCAAUUGUGGGGACCUGCACUUGUUCUUGCUUCACAACUUGGUGAAAAGUUCUAUGUUGAUACAGUGAAGCAAAUGGCACUUCGUCAACUGGUUGCAGGGUCUCCCUUGCGCACAUUAUGCCUUCUAAUUGCUGGGCAACCAGCAGAAGUUUUCUCUUCUGACAGCUCAAAUAGUGGGGACCCUAGUGCUUUUAAUAUGCCUCAACAACCUGCACAGUUUGGAUCUAAUGGCAUGCUCGAUGAUUGGGAGGAGAAUUUGGCUGUAAUAACUGCAAACAGAACAAAAGGUGACGAGCUUGUAAUUAUUCACCUUGGUGAUUGUUUGUGGAAGGAAAGAAGUGAGAUCACUGCUGCACACAUAUGCUAUUUGGUUGCUGAAGCAAACUUUGAGUCAUACUCAGACAGUGCAAGGCUUUGUCUAAUAGGUGCGGAUCACUGGAAAUUUCCUCGAACUUAUGCUAGUCCAAAGGCUAUCCAGAGGACUGAGUUAUACGAAUAUUCAAAGGUGCUCGGAAACUCACAGUUUAUUUUGCUUCCUUUUCAACCAUAUAAACUUAUAUAUGCAUAUAUGCUAGCUGAAGUGGGAAAGGUUUCAGACUCACUGAAGUACUGCCAAGCAGUGCUGAAAUCCUUAAAAACUGGUCGCGCACCAGAAGUUGAAACAUGGAAACAACUUCUAUCCUCUCUUGAGGAGAGGAUUAAAACCCACCAACAGGGUGGGUAUGCUGCAAAUUUGGCUCCUGGAAAAUUAGUGGGAAAAUUGCUGAACUUUUUUGAUAGUACUGCACAUCGAGUAGUUGGGGGUGGUUUACCACCACAUGCUCCAUCAUCAUCACAAGGAAACGUCAAUGGAAAUGAACAUCAGCCCAUGGCACAUAGAGUGUCCAAUAGCCAAUCAACAAUGGCCAUGUCAUCCUUAGUUCCAUCUGAUUCAAUGGAACCCAUCAGUGAGUGGACAACUGACAAUAAUAGAAUGUCAAAACCUAAUAGAAGUGUUUCCGAGCCAGACUUUGGUAGAAGCCCUCGACAGGAAACCUCGCAUGGUGCACAAGGAAAAGCGUCAGAGGGCACAUCACGCUUUUCUCGUUUUAGUUUUGGUUCACAACUUCUGCAAAAGACAAUGGGACUAGUCUUGAAACCUCGUCCUGGCAAACAGGCAAAAUUGGGUGAAAAGAACAAGUUCUAUUAUGAUGAACACCUCAAAAGAUGGGUAGAGGAAGGUGCUGAACCUCCAGCUGAAGAAACUGCACUGCCACCACCUCCAACAACUGCAACUUUCCAGAAUGGUCUAACUGAAUACAACUUGAAAUCUGCAUCGAAGACAGAAGGACCACCUUCAAAAGGGGGCUCUGAUUUAAAAAAUUCAAAUCCUGAACAUACUCCAGGGAUCCCACCUAUACCACCUGGCACAAAUCAUUUCGCCACUCGUGGCCGUGUUGGUGUUCGAUCAAGGUACGUUGACACCUUCAACCAAGGUGGAGGAAGCUCUGCAAACCUAUUUCAGUCACCAUCUGUUCCAUCUGCCAAACCUGCUCUUGCUGUCAAGGCCAAGUUUUUUAUUCCUGCUCCCGCACCAUCAUCAAAUGAGCAGACAAUGGAGGCUAUAGAAGAAAACAAUCUAGAAGAUAAUUUAGCUAAUGAAUAUCCCUCAACAUCAUAUAGGAAUGAUGGGUCAUUCCAAUCCCCCAAACCAGCAACACCAUUGGUCAGACACCCAAGUAUGGGCAACGUCUCAAACUAUGGAGCAGUAAUGAAUGGCAGUAACUGUAGUUCUCCUCACUCACGGCGGACAGCUUCAUGGGGUGGGAGUAUUGGUGAUUCAUUUAGUCCCACUAAAUUGCGUGAAAUUAUGCCACUGGGGGAAGCUUUGGGAAUGCCGCCAUCAAUGUAUAUGUCUGAUGACGUUUCUAUGGUGGGAACACAUAUGAGGAGUGGGAGUGUUGGAGAAGAUCUUCACGAGGUUGAUCUUUGAGCAGAUAAUUAAGCUGUAAAUAUCAAAUUUUGUUUAUGGUCAUCACUCAUCAGAGUAGUUUGGACGUCCCUGCUGCAUUCUUUUGAUGCACGAAAUGGCAGUAUGCAUCAGGUGAAGUUCAUGAAGAAGGAAAAGAUACCUUACCCGGCAACCUUUUUCCCCACCCCUUGUUUUGCUUUAAAUGCCAAGAGAGUUGGUACUGGCCGCCAUCUAAGGCUCAAGGUCAAGGAAAGAACUGGUGUCUUUUUAGCAAGAAGUUGAUUAAAAACAAUCAUUUGUUCAUUAUAUUAAACAAGAAAACACAAUACGUUCCUCGAGGAAGGGAAGCCUCAACAUAUCAAGACAAAAGAGUAGUCUAUGGAAUGUGAAAUAUAAGUUUGACCCCUCUUGUAAUUGUUUCAGUUAUGAAAUGGAAUUUAAUUUACAAAUUAGAGCCUUCCUUCUUGAUUUGACGUGAUAGUUAACAUAUAAAGUAAAUUAUUUUACCUCUAUAUCCAGUGUAAUUUAUAUUUAUAUUUGGUUGAAAGUUAUCGCGCGUGCUUAACAUGUUGGGGAAGUUAAUUUUAUAAAACAUGUUUAAAUCUAAACCUCAAAUGUAAUGAUGGUGAUUAGUCGGUAUAA